AAUCUCCCGUGAGAAAAAUUUCAGUUUGCGAUCUCGCGUUUCAUUUCGUAAUCCAUUGAAUUACACGAAUUUCACCAUAAGUCGAAUGAAAACCCAGAAAAAAUUCUCACAAAAUGAUAUAAGUGGAAAUUGAAUUGGUUACUUUUGAAUUCUUGUUAGAUGGAGCACCAUCAUCAUUAUAGAAAUCGAGCCAUUUUAUUUUCCUACUACAUAUUCCAAGCCCAACUCUUCCUGUAAAAUUUUGGACGCUUCCAAAUUUUCCAACCCAGAUCUCAGUUUCUUUGUCUUUUCACUUGAUUAUUCUAUCUGGGUUUUGAAUUUCGCAGUAAGUUAUCAUCUCAGCGUGAGCAAAAUUGUCGUGACAGCUGGAUCUAGUAGAGCUAUCCCGGAGUUUCAAGACUGAUCCAAUCAUGAAUCCCUUUUCCUCUGGCACCCGCCUAAGGGACAUGAUUCGGGCUAUACGUGCUUGCAAAACUGCUGCAGAGGAGCGUGCUGUUGUGAGAAAAGAAUGUGCUGCUAUUCGUGCCGCAAUUAGUGAAAAUGACCAAGAUUAUAGGCAUCGCAAUCUUGCGAAACUCAUGUUCAUUCACAUGCUUGGUUACCCCACACAUUUUGGUCAAAUGGAAUGCCUGAAGUUAAUUGCAUCUCCUGGAUUCCCUGAGAAGAGAAUAGGAUAUCUUGGCCUCAUGUUGCUACUAGAUGAGAGACAGGAAGUUCUGAUGUUAGUUACCAACUCAAUAAAGCAAGAUCUGAUUCACACCAACCAAUAUAUCGUUGGUCUGGCUCUUUGUGCAUUGGGGAAUAUCUGUUCUGCAGAAAUGGCACGUGAUCUUGCACCAGAAGUUGAGCGAUUACUUCAAUUUAGGGAUCCAAAUAUCAGGAAGAAAGCAGCAUUGUGCUCUAUAAGGAUUAUAAAGAAAGUUCCAGAACUGGCAGAAAACUUUAUAAAUCCUGCCGCUUCUUUAUUGAAAGAAAAGCACCAUGGAGUCUUAAUAACAGGUAUUCAGCUUUGUACAGAUCUAUGUAAAAUCAGCACAGAGGCUCUUGAGUAUUACAGAAAGAAAUGUACAGAUGGUCUAGUCAAAGUUCUAAAGGAUGUUGCAAACAGUCCAUAUGCACCUGAGUACGAUGUUUCGGGGAUUGCAGAUCCUUUUCUUCAUAUUAGAUUGCUCAAGCUUUUGCGUGUGUUGGGCCAGGGAGAUGCUGAUGCCAGUGAUAGUAUGAAUGAUAUUCUUGCUCAGGUGGCAACCAAAACUGAGUCAAACAAAAAUGCGGGGAAUGCAAUUCUCUAUGAAUGUGUUUCAACAAUCAUGACCAUUGAAGAGAGCGGUGGUUUAAGAGUGCUAGCUGUCAAUAUAUUGGGAAGAUUUUUGUCCAGCCGUGAUAACAAUAUCAGAUAUGUUGCGUUGAACAUGCUGAUGAAGGCUAUUUCUCUAGACCGUCAAGCAGUGCAGAGGCAUCUAACUACUAUAUUGGAAUGUGUAAAGGAUUUAGAUGCUUCUAUCCGGAAAAGGGCCCUUGAGCUUGUAUAUCUUCUGGUGAAUGAAAGCAAUGUGAAGUCUUUGACGAAGGAGCUAAUUGACUUUCUUGAGAUAAGUGACCCAGAGUUUAAGGGAGAUCUCACCGCCAAAAUUUGCUCCAUUGUGGAGAAAUUUUCUCCUGAGAAAAUAUGGUACAUUGAUCAGAUGCUUAAAGUUCUGCCCAAGGCUGGAAAUUACAUGAAGGAUGAAGUCUGGCAUGCCCUUAUUGUCGUGAUUACCAAUGCUUCAGACCUCCAUGGAUAUACUGUUCGGUCUCUGUAUAGAGAGCUACAAACAGCAGGUGAACAGGAAACUCUUGUUAGAGUUUCUGUUUGGUGCAUUGGAGAAUAUGGUGAGAUGCUGGUUGGUAAUGGUGGAAUGCUCAAUCAAGAGGAUCCAAUAACUGUAACUGAGUCUGAUGCUGUGGAUGUUGUAGAAACUGCCAUUAGACGCCAUUCUUCAGACCUCACUACUCGGGCAAUGUGUCUGAUUGCUUUGUUAAAGCUGUCAAGCCGUUUCCCUUCCUGUUCGCAGAGGAUAAAUGAUAUUGUCAUUCAUUACAAAGGAAGCUUUGUACUUGAACUGCAACAGAGAGCCAUGGAAUUUAAUUCUAUUAUCGAGAAGCACCAGAAUAUUAGGUCAGCAUUGGUUGAAAGAAUGCCGGUCCUUGAUGAGGCAACCUAUAGUGGAAGGAGGGCUGGUUCUGUGCCAGCAGCUGUUUCAACUUCCCAAGGAGCUCCAUUGAAUUUUCCAAAUGGAGUUGCUAAACCCACUUCAACUCCACUUGUCGAUUUGCUUGAUUUUAGUUCAGACGAUGUUCCGGAACCUGGCUCGUCUGGUGGAGAUUUUCUUCAGGAUCUUCUUGGUGUUGAUCCAUCGCCAGCUUCUUCACAACCAGGAGGUAAUCAGGCUCAAAAGAGUGGUAACGACGUCUUACUUGAUCUUUUAUCAAUUGGAACACCUCCGGCUCCAAGUAGCCCUUCCACAGUUGACAUGUUAUCUUCCGUUCAAGAUGACAAAAGUCCGGUGGAUAUGUUAGACAAAUUGGGUUCCGCUUCUGUGCCUCGCACACAAGCCUCUCCUAUGGUUGGAAGUUCUUCUAUGAUGGAUUUGUUGGAUGAAGUUGGACCCAUCUCAUCAGCGCCUGUUGCAGAAAACAAUGGCUCAACCUAUCCAUCUCUUGUAGCAUUUGAAAGCGGCUCCUUAAGAGUCACGUUUAACUUCUCAAAGCAGCCCGGAAACCCACAGACAACACUUGUUGAGGCUCAAUUUGUGAACAAGUCACCUAAUGCAUACUCAAAUUUCAUUUUCCAGGCAGCUGUCCCAAAGUUUCUUCAACUGCACUUGGAUCCAGCUAGUAGUAAUACUCUUCCUGCAAGUGGUAAUGGAUCAAUCACACAGAAGCUUCAACUUACAAACAGCCAGCACGGGAAGAAAUCCCUUGUAAUGCGCAUACGGAUAGGUUAUAAAAUAAACGGCAAAGAUGUUCUUGAAGAAGGGCAAGUCAAUAACUUCCCUCGUGAUUUGUGAGAUCGAAGGCUCCCUUAAAAUGUACGAUCUCUUUUUCCUUUUUUUCACAAAAGAGAAGCAUUUCCCGGCUGUUUGUAGAUUCAGGUAAAAUUUCAUUUUAUUGUCUCGUCGACUUGUGGUAGUUGGGGUUUCGAGCAGCAGCAGUAUAUCUCAGGAUUACCCCUUUUUUCUUCUCUCCCUUAAAAGGGUGGUUGAAUGUAUAUUUUGAUGUUAGAAAUUCAUGAAAGUGGAAUGAAAUUUUGCCUUUGAAGCACAUAUAUAGAAUGAAUUGGCGUGUCAAAUUUUCCAUUGUUGAGAACAUUUGGUUUUUUGAUUUUAUAAGCUUCAUUGGUUCUAGAA